ACAGUUUCCUCGCUCAACACCUUCAGUCUCAGCCUAAAGUUUUCGGGAUGGAAGCGGUUCUGUCUGCGGCUGCAGGUGAUCUUGUUAGCAGAUUUUUCUCCUUUUUGAUGAACAUGUAUUCAGACAUUGCAUGGUCGGAGGAGAAGCAUGUGGAGAGGUUGCAGCAGCUCCUGCUAAGAGCUCACACGGUUGUCGAGGAGGCGGAUCGCCGGUACAUCACCAACUCUGGUAUGCUUCAACAACUCAAAAUGCUAUCUAGAGCUAUGUACCAUGGUUAUUAUGUGCUAGACAGUUUCAAGUGCAACCAACUAAUCAAAGAGGGCUCCAAGGAAGAAGUGAUGACUACUGCCUCGUUUGCGGCGACAUAUUUUGGCACUCCUCUGAAGCGCUCUCGUGCAAGCACUAGUAUAGGAAAUCAUGAAGUUGAUAACAAUUGUGAUCUACAACGUGCCUUGUUAAAAUUAGAAACCAUCGUUUCUAAUAUGACAGAGUUUGUUAUACUUUUGAGCGGAUGUGAAGCCAUGAUGUGUCGUAGACCCUACGACACCUAUCUUUACGUUGAUAACUUCAUGUUCAGUCGUCAGACCGAGAAGCAACAUGUUAUCAAUUUCUUAUUACAGCACAACCCUCUUGGUUCUCCAUCUGUGCUUCCAAUCAUUGGUGGCAGACUAGUCGGCAAGAAAACUUUAGUAAAACAUGUGUGGAAUGAUGAGAAGGUGCGUUGUCAUUUCUCUUCAGUUUUGUACUUCAACGAAGACAACUUCCACGGGAUAGAUAAUGAAAGCACAUCAGGGAGAUUAUUGGUUGUUGUCACCUUUCUUUCCGAUGUCAGUGAUGACAAGUGGAUAUCUUUCUACCAGGCAGUGACAUCCAUAUGCACAGAAAGUAAGGUUAUAAUCAUAAGUAGGAUGGAAAGUUUGGAGAGAUAUGGUACUGUGAAGCCAAUCCACUUAAGUAGAUUAGAAGAUGGGGAAUACAGAUACCUCUUCAAGACACUAGCAUUUGGAAGUGCACACGCAGAGGACCACCCAAAGCUAACACUAUUGAUAGAAGAGUUCAUCAAAUUGCUGGGAGGGUCAUUUGUGGGAGCAUAUUCAGUUGCCAAUAUAUUGAGGAGGGAUCUAAGCCUUCGGUUCUGGCUUAGCAUGUUGAACAGGUACAAGAAUGUGGCAAAGAUUAAUUUAUCCAUGUUUGGUGAGCAUCUGUCACUUCGUUUCAGAGUACGCUAUCCAAUAGACUUCACCGACUUUCUGCCCUCUCCCGCUGCUCCGCUACACCUUAUGCCGCCUCGAACUGAAGCAGAGGUUUCAGGAAGGAAACUACCCAAGAUAAUGAUUGGAGACAUCAUUGUGAAUCCCUCGCUUCGUCCCAAGGGUGACUUUGAUUUAGUGACAUGGGAAUCGCAGAUAGCCCCAUAUACCGAGUUCAGUUAUCAUGUCCCUUCUUCUGCUCAACAGCAGCGAAAAACAACCUUGCGGAGGAAGCGUGAUGCAACUAUUUUUCUUUAA